CAGUUCUUCUGGUACUAUUCUUAAGGGCGUGCUUUUGAAACCGCUUCUGCACAGACUAGAAUUUGCUCUUUAAAAAACACCAGUAACAUACGAAGAAACACCUUCUUUCUGGACAAGUUACUUUUCCGUUGUUUGCCAUGGGACCCUCAAACUUGGUAUCAUUUGCUUUUUGUGGCAUUCUCAUUUUUCAAGUGAAUGCGCAGAUCUCACUGGAUGACUGCUGUGCAAAUGGACAGGAAUGGACUGGUAAGAGGCAGGAUUGUGCAGCCCUGCAGAUUAUAUCAGACUCACAAAUGUGUAGAAUAGCACAAGAGCAGUGCUGCAUUGCUGCGCAGGAUGAUAACUAUUGUACAACAGGUGUUAACCUGGCCAAGCAGCACGGAGAGUGUGAGAGUCUGUUCACUGACACCACUAGCUGUGAAGCAAAGAACAUUAAGAGAUGUUGUAAUUGCUGUCUCCUGGGAAAGAAAGCACAGCAGCAAGGUCUGAGCUGUGAACAGAACCUGUCGCUGGGUUACGAAUGUGGGCUGGUGUACAGAGCAUGCUGUGUCGUGGGACAGGAGGCCAGGUCCACUCUGCCGAUUGUGCAGCCUCCACAAGAUAUAAAUGAGUGUCUGCUGGGCUCUCAUAACUGCCGCAGUGGUGAGAGGUGUAUCAAUACCAAGGAGUCAUUCCGCUGUCAGCGGGAAGUCAGCUGUGGGACCGGCUAUGAACUGACUGACAGCAACAGCUGUCAAGAUAUUGAUGAGUGUGAAACUGGGACUCACAACUGCGCUCCAGAAUUUGCUUGUCAGAACACACAGGGCUCGUUCCGAUGCAAGCCUCUCAUGCAGUGUGGAGAUGGCUUUAUCAGGGAAGCUCAGGGAAGCUGUAUUGAUAUCAAUGAGUGUAUGAGUGUCAAUGGGCCCUGUCCUUCUGGACAAGUCUGCAUCAAUACCGUGGGCUCAUUCAGCUGCCAGAGGAAUUCCAUCACCUGUAGCCGUGGAUACCACCUUAAUGAAGACAGGACCCGCUGUGUCGAUGUGGAUGAGUGUACCAGCCUCUCCCAGCCCUGCGGUCCAGGUCAUGGGUGUAUAAAUGUUGCUGGAACGUUUCUCUGCGAGUGCAGUGCCGGUUACUACUUUGACAGCAUCAGCAGGAGCUGUGUUGAUACCAAUGAGUGUAGGCGCUAUCAGGGACGCCUCUGUGCUCACAAGUGUGAGAACACCCCUGGUUCUUAUCACUGCAGCUGCACCACUGGCUUCAAGCUGGGCAGUGAUGGCAGGAACUGUGAAGAUCUGAACGAGUGUGAGAGCAAUCCCUGUAGUCAAGAAUGUGCUAAUGUGUAUGGCUCGUACCAGUGCUACUGUCGCCGUGGUUACCAGCUGAGCGAUGUAAAUGGAAUUACCUGUGAAGAUAUUGACGAGUGUGCUGUACCUACUGGGGGACACAUCUGCUCCUAUCGCUGUCACAACGUCCCAGGCAGCUUCCACUGCACCUGCCCGGCCACAGGGUACACCCUGGCCCCCAACGGACGCAGCUGUCAAGAUAUUGAUGAAUGUGUAACAGGAGCACACAAUUGCACUGGCUCCGAGACCUGCUUCAACGUGCAGGGUGACUUCAAGUGCUUGUUAUUUGAGUGCCCGGACAAUUACCGCAAAUAUGGAGAAGCGGUUCAAGUAGACAGAACAGAAACCAUUCGCUGCAUCAAGUCCUGUGGUCUAAAUGAUGUGAACUGUGUGCUGGACCCGAUCCAUACAGUGUCCUACACAGUCAUCUCUCUGCACACAUUCAGAGAGUUCAACACACCCGAAGAAAUCAUUUUCCUGAAAGCAAUGUCCCCAGCCCACGCUACGAUCCAGUCAGAUAUCGUGUUUGAUAUCACUGAAGGCAAUGUGAGAAACUCCUUCGACAUCAUCAAGCGGUUCGAAAGCGGCAUGACAGUCGGUGUUGUGCGGCAGGUGAGGCCCCUUGUCGGGCCCUUGCACGUCGUGCUGAAACUGGCAAUGAACUACGUCAUCAGAGGGGUCGUUUCUCAUCGCAACCUUGUCAACAUCCACAUUUAUAUCUCUGAGUACUGGUUUUAAAAAGAUGAAACAGUUUGAAAUCUGGCCUGAAUAUUUCUAAAAGAAGGAAUUUAUGUCUCAACAAAUUCACACAAAAAUAUUAUUGGUGUACUGAGAAAGAGAAGUAAAAGAUAUUUCACAGUCUUAUGUGCUGUUAUGUUGGGGAUGCUAUAUGUUGAGCCAGUAACAUUUCAGUUAUACACCCUGUGAUCAACAUUCAACUGCGCCAGUGUUCCCAUGACCCUCCCACAGGUGAGGCAGGAGUCCAUAUUCUAUGGGACAGGUUGAGACAGUUGUUUUAACCAAAUUAUGAUGCAUUACAGUACUUACAGUCCUUCAUCCCUUAAAGAAAAGAAAGAAAAAGAGAGUAAAAAUGCAUUAGAUUUGUGUUAAAAAAAAAAAAACCUGACUUGCCUCAAUGUAACAGUUAACCUAAAGUCACCCUUCAAAAGCAUCAAACUGUAUAAACAGAAUGUACCUAAGCAGUGUAGUCAGAGUAUCAGCCUGAUAAUUACUAUUACUUGCAACUACUGUCUUAAAAUGUGAUCUAUAUGAAUUACAAUGUUACUAAGUAGUUAUUAUGUGAUUACAUUGCUAUUUAUACUGGAGCUUAAAAAAAAAAAAGACAUUUAAAUUUAGCAGUACCAUACUGGUUUAAUAAUAUUCAUAACAACAGGUUAAAAGGAGAUACCAUUGCAGUCUUCAGUAUAGAACUGUUGCUUUAUGUUAAAACAGUAGGAUACAGAUAUAUAAAAUCCUAUGCUUUGCAAUAGAUGCAUAUUUCAACAAUGUAAUGACACUCUUUCAAAAUCUCUUGUAUCAAACCGGAUAUAUGGCAUUAUAAAAGUUUCUUUGUCAGUAAACUGUUUCACAGCUCAAAUAUAAUGUGAAUAUAUAUAUAUAUAUAUAUAUAUAUAUAUAUAUAUAUAUAUAUAUAUGAAUGUGCAACAGUUGACAUUGUCAACCGUUCACCCUUUUGUUGUCUAAAAUUUAAAACAUGUGACAGCAAACAUAAUGAUGUUAUUAUUUAAAUAAAUGAAUUCAAGUUUUA